GAAAUAUUGGCUAUCAGUCAGUAUUUUCGUAUGUUAAUUUGAACGGUUUUCGAGUGAUACAAACGAGCAAUUAUGAGAAUCGUCAUAGCAUUAUGCCUCUUGGCUAUAUUUUGCACUGCCGAUGCAACCUUUAUAAAUAUUAGGAUGCGACAAAUUCAAAACGAGAAAGCGGGAAUAGAAAAUACCAUACGGCUACUCGAACGUAACCGCGAUAGCGUUGAGCAAGAUGUAGACCUGGCAAUCAUGAAACAAUGGUUGUUAACAAUGGAUAAGUAUGAAAAAUACGCUAGUCCGAUACUCGAAACAAUACGAAAGGAAGUAGAGGAUGCCAAGUUAAGGAACAGCAACGCCCAGCAGUGCUACGAUGUUGCUCUUACUACUUUUAAAAAUAUCGACUACGUAGCAACGACUACCGCACGGCAAUGCCAAGAAAUCUCCAAAUGUUCUAUCAAGGAAAAUCUCAAGUUCAUGGAUAACUAUAUGAAUACUGGACUGGAGUUAAUAAAACAAUUAGAUACCGUCAUUCCGGACUGCUAUCAAAAACAUUCGAGAAUUACUGAGAUUAUACAAUUACAUAAUUGUAUCAGCGAACAAUUAGAAAUAAUCAAGAUUAGCGUGAAAAAAUUAAAAACCGACGCCAGUACCGCCAAAGCUAUCUCUAAAAACGCGAUUGAUGCUGUCAUUCGACAGUAUGAUACUUGCAUAAAUGAAGCUUACUCGACCGCGCGGUCAAACGUCGCAGAGGCCAGGUCGACUGCUACUAAGUGCCUCAAUGAAAUGUAGAAGUUUAUCUUUAAUCACGUUACAUUGGCCUAGAAUGAUUUGUCGCAAUUUGAAGUUUCUCUAUUAAAAAAUUCUAAGACAUUAUUUGAAAAAGAUAAUAUCUCGCAAUUAUAAUUUUCCAUAACUAAAGUUAGUAGAGUUCAUAAUAUCAUAAGGCUUAAGAUUAUAUUAUUAUCUGUUUUGAAGAGAUUCUCCCUUUCUCCUGUAUAAUAUAUGACAAAUAAAAAUAGUUGCAAAACAGGAA